AUGGAUGAUCCACCUGCAUUGAUCUUGUCACUAGACUGGUCGGAUGGAACAACAACCUGGCAAGAUGGUGUAAACGGCCCGACGGAGGAGAUGCUUGACGUGACGCCAGAUGAGAAGGGCAACCAGGACUACCUACGGCCAAUCGAACCAUACAGUAAGAAGGAAAUCAGCUGGUUAUGUAAGAUGGCAGGGUGGCUCGUAGAGUCCAAGGACCCAGAGAUGUACAAACAGUACAAGAAUAAGAAGAUAUGCCUCAUGAGUCUCCCCGAGAAUUACAGGUUAUAUGAGCAUGUCAAACAACCAGGCCCUGGUACUGAAGGUAAAGCUCGAAUCGAUACUUACCUCUAUGGCCAUCCCAAAGGGCCUAGGAAGCGCUAUAGAUCUGCCGCGGACUUUCAGCCACAUUUUGUCUGGUUGGCAACAGAUCCGAGUAAGAAUCCGGAAAACUGUAAAUGCCGGGUCUGUAGCGGUCGAGCUGCCCCCGACACGCCAGAGGCCCCAAGUUCACCGACUCCACCGAGGAGUACCGCCGUUGCUGUUAUAAAGGAAAAGCCUGCAGCAACGGCUCAUAAUGUUCCAGCUACAAGGUCGAAGCUCGCAUCAGCCUCGACUACUACGACGAGGAAAAACACAACUACGCCAGCUGUUGCUACUCGACGCUCGCUAUCGACAGCGGCUAACUCUCGCUCUUCUACUCCAAUUGCAGCACCUGCAGCACCUGCACCCACUGCACCCACUGCACCUACUGCGCCUACUGCGCCCACUGCACCUACCGCACCCACAACAUCCACCGCGCCUGCAGCGCCUAUACUUCCCACGCCGCCGCCUUUUCCUUUUUACUUUCUGGAACAAUUGCCUACUACUCCGGAAAGGAUUUCUUAUGCUCUGGGUGGUCCAUAUAUUUUUCGACCUGGGGAGCUUGUUUGGUGUCAAUGCACUGAAGCUUGGUCUCUUGGUAUAAUUGUAUCAGGACCCGAAGCCGGGCCUUUACAAGUAACAAAUAACUCUCAGCCACAGCAAAGCUAUACUGUUCAGGUAUUGAAAUCCCCGCUUGAUGCUGCAAUGUCAACACCUUAUCCCGGAAUUACUGUGGCCAGUCUUAGACCCUGGUUGGCGUGGAGUACACCCGACUUGAAUAACAUACCCCUACGGAAUAUCCAGUCAUAUGACGAUGUGGUGUGGGAGCAAUUCCACGGUGUCCGAGGCCUCGAAGUUGAUGCGAGCAUUAUGAAAUCCAGGGACAUUGAUUCUUCUUUCAAUCUAGUUGACAGGAUUGAGUAUGGCGGUUGCAGCUACUACGCCGGAGUAUUUUAUGGGGCCGAAAAACUCUACAUCGGUGACGUUGUACGGUUGAAAAGGUUGAAUCCGUCCGCUCCUGCGUCUGGAUUGGAGAUUAUGGUGAUUGCAAGUAUCCAAGACGUGCGGUUACAGCCUUCGGCGAGUAAUACGAGGAGUAAAUCUACAGAUGUCACUGUAAUUGGUGACGUAUACACGCUUCUUUCAUACCGCGCCGGCGAAGCACCAUCGCCACUGCUCCCGGAUUGGUUGCCACAGAGAUUAAUUAGGGAGACUACUCUUCGGAAUCGGGUCACGUCUAUGCCCACCUCCCCUCAACCUAUUCUCUCGACUUGGAAGUUGGUUCACGCAGCCCAUACCAUAAAACUUGAAGACAUCAAGGGGAGGUGGUAUGAAUCCUCGCUGUUGAUACCGUUCCUCAAGGGCAGAGAACACUUCCAGCAAACCUUACAGGGCGGUACCUGGGACGAGGUUGCAACCCAGAUGAAUGAGAUGGGAAAUGCUGGGGCGGCUUCAAGCCGUGGAUGGUGUAGAACCGGCAAGAGAAACGAUGUCUUGACUACUUCGGUUCCCGCCAGUUUCUCACUAGAAAGGGGCGGUAUCGAGCAUGGUAUGGAGGGACUGGCGCUUCAACAGCAAUCUAAUCAAAUGCUGCAGAAUACACAGAGGGAGAUGGUAGAUCUUACUGGGGAUGAUGAAGAUGCAGAGGCUAUUCAGCAACAACAUCAUGAAGGAGAAUACGGACUCGACGGAGGAGUAGAUCUCGAGCCUGAUGAAGCAUUUAUGCGUCAAAUGGCUGAGGAUGUUGCCAGUUUCCUGAAAGAUCCUGGCGAUUCGUUCUAUGGAAGCUUAUAA